CCGGGCUCGGCCUUCUCUUGCGGUCCAGGGCAAGCGGCUUCUCCCGAGCAGCCCAGGCCAGGUCCGGAGCGGACGGAGGGCUCGCGUUGGACGGGGAAGCGAGGCCACUCGAGGCCGGAGGCUGAGGAGGCUGAGACUUUUGUUGCACAACGGCAGCCCCGGAGCGACAUGGUCCUUGCCUAAUCCUGUUGUGGACUUAACUCCCAUCUACUCCAAAAUGGAGCACAGGACUCAGCUGCUGAAUCCGGAGUGAGGGGACCUUUUAACCAAAGAUGGAGAAGAAACGGAGAAAGAAAUGAGCCUGUUUGCUGGGCUUCAUCGGGAAAGACAAUGAAGACGAGACUUUUACCCACAUUGGACAAACCCUUAAGACUGUCCACUUAGCACUUAAAAAAGACACAGAAAAGGAAAAGAAAAGGAAAAGAAAAAGAGAGAGAUUGAGACCUGAUCCAUGGAGAAGCAACAUAUCAGUUGAAUCCAUGGCAUUUUGAGGAUGAAAUCACAUUCUUUCAUGACCAUGAGGCUUGCAAACAUCUGGUUGUUUCUGGCUGCAAUCUUACUGUGCGGCAAAGAAUACCUGAGCACCAAACCUGGGAAUGCUUCUCACGAAAGCCACCUGUGUCCCGAAUGCCCUCGCCUUACCUUGAAAGUAGAAUUCUCUUCUACUGUAGUCGAACACGAAUAUAUCGUGGCUUUCAAUGGCUACUUUUCAUCCCAAGCAAGAAGCAAAUUCAUUUCAAGGGCACUGAAGAGCAGUGACAUAGAGAACUGGAGGAUUGUGCCCCGUAAUAACCCAGCCAGUGACUACCCCAGUGAUUUCGAGGUGAUCCAGAUCAAUGAGAAACAGAAAGAUGGUGUGCAGACUCUGGAAGACCAUCCCAAUAUCAAGCGCGUUACCCCACAAAGAAAAGUCUUUCGCUCACUCAAGUACUCUGAAACUGACCCAGCGUUUCCCUGCAAUGAUACCAGAUGGACACAGAAAUGGCAGUCCUCUCGGCCUCUGAGAAGGGCAAGUUUGUCGCUGGGUUCUGGAUUUUGGCACGCGACAGGCAGGCAUUCAAGCAGGCGUUUGCUGAGAGCUAUACCCCGGCAGGUUGCUCAAACACUUCAAGCAGAUGUGCUCUGGCAAAUGGGUUUUACAGGAGCUGGGGUGAAAGUGGCUGUCUUUGACACUGGACUGAGCGAAAAGCAUCCUCACUUCAAAAAUGUAAAAGAGAGAACAAACUGGACAAAUGAAAGAACCUUGGAUGAUGGUCUGGGUCAUGGAACUUUUGUAGCCGGCGUAAUCGCAAGCAUGAGAGAAUGCCAAGGGUUUGCACCAGAUUCAGAACUGCACAUAUUUCGAGUCUUCACCAACAACCAGGUUUCAUAUACUUCUUGGUUUCUGGAUGCCUUUAACUAUGCCAUCUUAAAGAAAAUAGACGUAUUAAACCUUAGUAUUGGAGGCCCCGACUUCAUGGAUCAUCCCUUCGUUGACAAGGUUUGGGAGCUGACGGCUAAUAAUGUGAUCAUGGUCUCUGCUAUUGGAAAUGAUGGCCCUUUAUAUGGCACGCUCAAUAACCCUGCUGACCAAAUGGAUGUGAUUGGAGUAGGCGGCAUUGACUUUGAAGAUAACAUUGCUCGGUUUUCAUCAAGGGGAAUGACCACUUGGGAACUGCCCGGAGGUUAUGGAAGAGUCAAGCCUGACAUCGUGACCUAUGGCUCUGGAGUGAGAGGUUCUGGCAUGAAGGGAGGGUGCCGCUCGCUCUCUGGGACCAGCGUGGCCUCCCCUGUGGUGGCAGGUGCAGUCACACUGCUGGUGAGCACAGUUCAGAAGCGUGAAAUGGUGAAUCCAGCUAGCAUGAAACAAGCUCUGAUAGCCUCAGCGCGCCGGCUUCCUGGAGUUAACAUGUUUGAGCAAGGACAUGGCAAACUGGACCUUCUCAGAGCCUACCAGAUUCUUAACAGUUAUAAACCACAGGCCAGUCUCAGUCCAAGCUACAUCGACUUGACAGAGUGCCCUUACAUGUGGCCAUAUUGCUCCCAACCUAUUUACUAUGGAGGCAUGCCAACAAUUGUGAACGUUACUAUCCUUAAUGGAAUGGGAGUCACUGGGAGAAUCGUAGACAAGCCUGAAUGGCAACCCUAUUUGCCACAGAAUGGAGAUUACAUCGAGGUGGCUUUUUCCUACUCCCCUGUCCUGUGGCCCUGGUCAGGAUACCUUGCAAUUUCUAUCUCAGUUGCAAAGAAAGCAGCUUCUUGGGAAGGCAUUGCUCAAGGACAUGUCAUGAUCACCAUCUCUUCUCCUGCAGAAAAUGAGUCAAAAGCUGGUGCGGAACAGACCUCAACCGUGAAACUCCCAAUCAAAGUGAAAGUUAUCCCGACACCCCCUCGCAGUAAGCGAGUCCUGUGGGAUCAAUAUCACAAUCUCCGCUACCCACCGGGAUAUUUUCCAAGGGAUAAUUUAAGGAUGAAGAACGACCCCUUAGAUUGGAAUGGUGAUCACAUCCACACCAACUUCAGGGACAUGUACCAACAUCUGAGGAGCAUGGGCUAUUUCGUUGAAGUUCUUGGUUCACCAUUUACCUGUUUUGAUGCUAGUCAGUAUGGCACCCUGUUAAUGGUGGACAGUGAGGAAGAGUAUUUUCCAGAAGAAAUCACUAAGCUGCGGAGGGAUGUGGACAAUGGAUUGUCUCUCAUAGUUUUCAGUGACUGGUACAACACCUCAGUGAUGAGGAAAGUCAAGUUUUACGAUGAAAACACAAGGCAAUGGUGGAUGCCUGAUACUGGAGGAGCCAACAUUCCAGCUUUAAAUGAUCUUCUCUCUGUCUGGGGCAUGGCCUUCAGCGAUGGGCUUUAUGAAGGAGAUUUUACCAUGGCAAGUCAUGAAAUGAACUAUGCUUCGGGAUGUAGUAUUGCAAAGUUUCCAGAAGAUGGCAUUGUAAUCGCACAGACUUUUAAGGAUCAAGGCCUAGAAGUUUUAAAGCAGGAGACGGCAAUCAUAGAAAAUGUCCCCAUUUUGGGCCUUUUCCAAGUUCCUUCGGAAGGUGGAGGCAGAAUAGUUUUGUAUGGCGAUUCGAACUGUUUGGAUGACAGCCACAGGCAAAAAGAUUGCUUUUGGCUGCUUGAUUCUCUUCUUCAAUACACAUCUUACGGAGUGAUGCCGCCAAGCCUCAGCCAUUCAGAAAACAGACAACGGCCUCCAACAGGCGCAGGCUAUACUCUUCCGGAGCGAAUGGAAGGUAACCAUCUUCAUCGCUAUUCAAAGGUACUCGAAGCUCACCUGCGCGACCCCAAGCCCCGCUCUCUUCCAGCAUGUCCUCAUUUGUCCUGGGCAAAGCCACAGCCUCUGAAUGAAACCGCACCAAGCAAUCUUUGGAAACAUCAGAAAUUAUUAUCAAUUGACCUGGAUAAAGUGGCUUUGCCAAGUUUCCGUCAGAGUCGACCGCAAGUGAGGCCCUUGUCACCUGGAGAAAGCGGAGCGUGGGAUAUUCCAGGAGGGAUAAUGCCUGGACGCUACAACCAGGAUGUGGGAGGGACAAUCCCAGUCUUUGCAUUCCUUGGUGCCAUGGUGGUUCUGGCAUUUUUUGUGGUGCAGAUCAAAGCGAAGAGCAGGCCAAAGAGACGGAAACCCCGAGUCAAACGGCCACAGAUUAUCCAGCAGGGGCACCCACCAAAGACACCAUCUGUUUGACCACAGUUGCCAAAGAUGACUUCUUCUCAGCUGCUUCAUGGAACUGUAUUCACUACUAAUGAAGACUGAUUGUGGCUGGCAUUUGGCGGCCGCUGCACAUGGUUUCUUCAUGUUGUCUUUGGUUUCUGACAAACAAGUACUCAGUGGAUCAUCUCGACAUAAAGACUAUUUCCCCCCCAGUAGCUGAACUUACCAAAGGCUCAAGCACUAUUUAAAAACUGACUGGUUGCUCCUCCUUCCAGAAAGGGAGGAAAUGCAGCUCCUUUUUCUUUUAAACUGACCAAAACCUUUCAUUAGGGGCUAUUUUCUAUAUUUAUUUUAGGAGGGACUGAGAGAAGAUGCUCUUCAAGGCCUUCGGCUCUCUGAUCGCAGAACCAUUUUUCUGAAUGGAAUGCAGUUUUCUAAGGCUACGCGUUGCAAAGAGAGACAGAACUUACACCAUCCUCCCGUAAGGAUGAAAGAGAGAACCUGGCACUUUGAGGGAUCCGGAAACAAAUCAUGUUGGUGUAAUCCUUCCAUUUAUUUUUAUAAAACAACUUACCAUGAUGUUUUUUGUAAUUUUUCAGCAUGAUUUCACCAUUAUUGGUGGAGAAAAAUUUUCAAUAAAUAUGUUACCUAUAUUGAAGCUGAAAUAAAAAUGCAUC